UGGUGUUGUGCUGUGGGGAAGGGAUUUGUAAACCCCAGAGCGAGGUUCUGCCUACCCGAGGCCACUGCUGUGCGGAGACCCUGGGGGAAACCACCGUCACCAUGUCUGGCCAGGAGGCAAAACUUUCAACUGAGGACUUGGGGGAUAAGAAGGAAGGAGAAUAUAUUAAACUCAAAGUCAUCGGACAGGAUGGCAGUGAGAUUCACUUCAAAGUGAAAAUGACAACACAUCUCAAGAAACUCAAAGAAUCAUACUGUCAAAGACAGGGAGUUCCCAUGAAUUCACUCAGGUUUCUCUUUGAAGGUCAGAGAAUUGCUGAUAAUCACACUCCAAAAGAACUGGGAAUGGAGGAAGAAGAUGUGAUUGAAGUUUAUCAGGAACAAACAGGGGGUCAUUCAACAAUUUAGAUAUUUUUAUUUUUUUUCUUUUCCCUUAAUCCUUUUUUAUUUUUAAAAAUAGUUCUUUUGUAAUGUGGUGUUCAAAACAGAAUUGAAAACUGGCACCCCAUCUCUUUAGAGCAUCUGGUAAUUUGAAUUCUAGUGCCCAUUAUUCAUUAUUGUUUGUUUUCAUUGUGCUGAUUUUUGGUGAUCAAACCUCAGCCCCAUUCAUAUUGCCCUCUCCUUUUUAAAAAUUACGUGUGUGCACAGAGAGGCUGCCUUUUCCAGGAUUGUGCAUUUACAGGCUUGUGAUAAAUAAGAUUGACUAAUGCGAGUGUUCAUAAUGACUUUCCAAUUGGCCCUGAAGUUCUAGCAUGUGAUCGCUUCACUCCUGGACUGUGACUUUCAGUGGGAGAUGGAAGUUUUUCAGAGAACUGAACUGUGGAAAAAAAAUGACCUUUCCUUAACUUGAAGCUACUUUUAAAAUCUGAGGGUCUGGACCAAAAGAAAAGGAAUAUCAGGUUGGAGUCAAGGUGACAGAGGUGGUGAAAAUAAUGACUAACUCCAAAGAUGGCUUCACUGAAGAGAAAGCAUUUUAAGAUGAGAGAAAAAUCUUGUCAGAAGAUCCCAGAAAAGUUCUAAUUUUCAUUACUAGUUAAGUUAUUCAUGCAGAAGUGUAUACAGCAGAACGCUGCUCUUUUUGACUUUAUUUGUACUUUUUGGCCUGGGAUAUGGGUUUUCAAUGGACAUUGUACCAGCUUCAUUAAAAUAAACAAAAUAUUUG